GCCACAAACCGCUCGCGAAAUAACCUGCUGACUGCGCAAUUACGUCACAUGGUCAGACAACAUGCACCACUUGGCUUUCCCUACCCGCCUUACUCUCAGCCAAGCGCGAGGCAGCGGCCCAUUACGCUCUCCGUCGUCUGUGCUUAGCGCUUUCCCGAUCGAGUGCUAGCGGUUCUUUUACGGUCCCUAUGAGCAUAACGGGAUCCGGCGAGGAGCUGCCUGGCAACAGCAAUCAGGUCGAGGUUUAGUGUUCUGUCGUGGCAGAGAAUUCGGCGAUUCCUCCUGGAUGUCGGUCGGGUGAGUGGCGGCUGGACAAACAGUUUCUGUGGAAGGUUCGUCCAGUUAGUUAGCUGAAUUUUCAUAUCAUGAGAGCAGUCUUUUUCACUGUUCGAACUUAUAAUAUCUGAAUUUCCAAUAUAUUUUUUUUCUCUGUGAGUAUAAUUAGCAACAUUAGUAUAUCCACAAACGUUAGCGAGAAGGUAUUUGUACUUUCCUCGCACUUUAAUUUUUUUUUACUUUGUCAUUUCUUACAGGCCAAUGGACGUGUCGAAGUUUUCAUUAAUCACCAUGCUGCUUCUGGCUUCUGCAACUGCUAGCGAGGCGAUGGCUCCUCCGUGGUCCGACUCGCUACAACGGAGGGGCCCUUUGGUUUCCAGAGAAGAGUAUGGCCCUGCGGCAGGUCCUAGACUGGGGAUGGCACGUGCAAAUGAUGUGCCUGGUGGAGCGAGUGUCGGGGAAGACCACGCCCACGCACACUCAGUCCGAGGGUUGACGGAGCGGGCGGCGACGGAGAGCGACCGCAAGGACAAGGGCGGCGGAGAACGAAGCCGAUCGAAGAGGUACUUCCCGACGGGGUUCCUGGGCUCGCCGCCGGCCGCCACCUCGCAGACGCCCCUGAUGGUCGCCCAAGCCAACAACCAGGACUACCACUACAUGCCGCUCCAGGACGACGGGACGGUCUACGUGCUGGACCCUUGCCCCGCGCCCUCGCCUCCGUCGGGGGGCGGCGGCAGCAACGUCUUCGCUCUCCUGACCUUCAGCGUCGUCACGGCCAACGUCCUGAUAAACGCCGUGGCCAACGUCAACAGUAACAACAACAACAACAACAACAACGACAAUAAUAACAACGACAACAUCAACAACGAGAACGUGAGCAGCAACCUCGACUCCAACACCAACGACAACACCAUCAUGGGUCGCGCCCUCGCCUCGAACGCCUCGCUCCCCGACGCCUCUGCCUCAUGCGCAUGCUCUCGGAGGCGCCGAAGGACACCGUCGGAACUCCCCGAGAGGCUGCAGGCGCCGCAGUGGCUCAUGUCUUGCGUGCCGCGUUCUGGUGUGCGAGUCCUACCGCUCGGCUGCCUUUUCCUCCGGCCUCGCCUCCGUCGCGGGGAAGGUUACCGGGUUGACGUCGAGCUUGAUAGGACUCCAGCAACUCCCCAAGGACGAGCUAAAGGAGGCGCAAGUUCGAGGUUCUUCUGGUGCGUCCUGCGAACUACACUACCCGUGCUCCGCUCUUGGCCCGUGAAGAUAGAUAGAUAGGUAGAGAUAGAGAUAAUAGAUAGUUUUUUUUUUUUUUUUAGCAAGAUUAGUCCGUUAUCCUUUAUAAGAUAGAUAGGUAGUUCGUGAACCUUUAUAAGAUAGAUAGGUAGUCCGUAAACUGUAGUUAGGUUGAAUCUUCUAAGGUGUUAGGAGAAUGUAAAAUAUCUGUGAUUUAUAGUCAUAUACCUGGCUACGCACUGUAGUUAAGGAUUAUCCGUAUCUGCAUUUCAUUUGUUUUAUUUGUAUUUAGGUACUGAUUCAUCGUGCCCAUUAAAGACUAAGUUAACGAAACCAUGAAACCGUCAUUUUGUUACCUGCACUUAAGAUAAUAUACUCCGUCAAAUA